AUCGUACCUCCGCUCUUUUGCCUGCUCCAGCAGAACACAUCAAGCAGACAGACCGUCAAAAAGUUUGAUACUUUGUUGUUAUGAUUCUGUGAGAAGAAUGCAGAUUUUAUUCAAAACAAAUGUUCUAGUGUCAAUAAAAAAAAUUGGACAUUCUUUAAAACUGUCAAAGUUAUAUUUAGCUUAAUUAAUAACACGGAAACUAUGCCCAGUGAGUUAAAGAAAUUCAUGGUGAAGUGCAUUUGUGACGGGUAACCUAGAGUAAAAACAAAAUUCAACUAUGAAGUUGAUGAACAGAUGAAUUAAAUCUUCGUUUCGUAAAAUAAACUGGUUUAUUUGUGACUAAUGCAGAGCUGUAUACGCCCCAAGCUCUUUGGGCAGUCUAACAUAGUUGUUGCCCUUCGUAAAAUCUUUCAUACUCUGAAUGAGAAAAAGAAAAUGGAAGCGGAGGGAGGGUCAGGGGCUGCCGCAGUUAAUUCAGAAGAAGAUUUCAAUGAAUCGAUUGAGAGCCAUGACGAUGCAGGCAAUGAAAAGUUCCCUUACCUUUGCAGACAUGCCUAUGUGCAUACUGACGACAAUGAAUUUAUCAGCUAUGCUCCAGGAUCAAAGACAGGAAAAAUUGGGUUGUGGAUAGGACCAAAAUUAACUCUGGAGGAAAGCUACUUUGAAAUGGAGAUAACAGAUUACGGUGUUGAGGGGAAAAUUCACAUUGGUGUAUCUCCAUGGAAUCACCCUCUUGGAAGCCAUAUAGGGUAUACUGUAGGAUCUAUUGGAUUAUGUGUUGGGAAUGGCCACAUCCUAAAAGACUGCGAAAUGGCUACUGAUACAAUAAGAGUUAAAAUAGCACGUGAAUAUGAUAGAGUGGGUUGUGGUCUACGAUUUGAGCAGUGCUAUGAUUCAGCAGAGGAGGGAGACGACCAGGAGUCCUAUGUACUAGUGUACUUCACACUAAAUGGUAAAGAGAUUGGUUCAUUAUGGACACAACUGCCUAUAGGGGGUUUCCACCCAGCAGUUUCCAUGCAAUCCCCUGGAGAAGAAGUCCGUGUGAUGUUGGGCCUGCCUGGUCACCCAAUGCAAGAUGAUGAUGAGAUGGUUGUUGACAGUACUGAAGAUGACUGGCGACGCCUAAGUGAUGUUCAUCAACGUGGACAAAUUCUUGAAUAUUGUGGCAAGGGUCAAAGCAUAGCUGAUGUUGGAUUAGCGCAAGCUAGACAUCCAUUAAAUACUACACACCAUUAUUUUGAAAUUGAAAUUGCAGAUCCUGGAGAAAAUUGUUAUAUAGCUAUUGGUUUGACAAGAAAGGAUUAUCCUGAUCGAAGAAACCCAGGGUGGAACAAAGGCUCCAUAGGCUAUCAUGCUGAUGAUGGGAAAAUAUUUAUGGGAAGUGGAAAGGGGGAACCCUUUGGCCCACGGUGUCAUAAAGGUGAUCGGAUGGGGUGUGGGAUCUAUUUCUCACCAGAUUACAUCAGUGAAUAUGAUAGUGAUUGUGAGCCUGCUGCUGAUAGUCCAAGUCAAGCAGGAUGCUCAAAUGGGAAGGAUGUUGAACUAAUAGACCUUACUGUAGAUACCAGCGGAAGUGAGGAUGAUGAGUGGUGGAAUCAUCAAGGAAAAGUGAAAUGUGGUACAAAAGUUGAGGUUUUCUUCACAAGAAAUGGAAAAACAGUUGGAAUGCGUCAAGUGCGCAUACCAAAAGGAGGUUUCUAUCCCACUGUUGGCAUGCUGGGUCUGAAUGAAAAGGUACGAGUAGAUUUGAGACCCCUUACAGGUUGAAGAGGAAAAGCUUGUUCUUCAAUUUUGGCGCAAUGGGACCCAAUAGAAAAUGUGUCACUAUUAAGCAGAUAAAAAUAAUUUCAUGUAUUUCCAAGUUUUUUGGCUAGUUGAAGAGACCUGUGCAUAUUACAAUUUUAAGUGUCAGACACAGAAUUUAUUAAAUGUAGGGAAGUGUUCAUUAUGAUCUCAAGGAAAUUCAUUGAAUCGUGUACACGUGAUAAUUAGCUAGUCAGACUUGUUAUUUACCUAACGGUAUUUAUCUGUGAUGAAACUGCCCAUUAAUGAAUGAGCUGAAUGUAAAUAUUUUAAUUUAUAAGGAAUAAGCAUCUUUCAUUGCACACGCUUUUAAAAUUUUCCCAUGUUGCAAAAGAUCCAAAUCUGCAUCUCUGCAGUUUGUGGAACAAUUCUGUUAACUAUCAAUGUGUACAAAAUCAGUACCAGUAUGCCUCUAGUCUCUAUAGGUAUAGUUGUAAGAGCAGUUGUCCGAUACCUUGAGUUUUGUAAGUAACUGUAAAAUUUACUAUUUCAUGGAAAAUAUUGAUCUUGGUAGUCCUUUGCCCAUGGAUCAAAUAAGGUAUCAGUCAUGCACCAGUAACUGUCAAUGGACUUUUAAUUUCUUUCUUCUAGUUGUUGAUGCAUAAAAAAUUUGAUUGUUAUUAUAAUAAUAAUAUUAUGUGUCAUUUAAUGCCAAUAUUUACAAUUUUUCCUCUGAAAAUGUUGAAAACUUCUAAGGUAGGUCCAGCGACUCCACAAUUACCGGCCUCAUUAUCAACUUCUAAGUGUGUAUGAUAUUUGAAUCAGGGUGGGAGAGAAUUACUUCAGGGCAUGUGUCUUAAUCACAUGGUCUUCUUUCCUAUUUUUGUACCAGAUUUUAAGAAUGAAUAGGGUGUAUUUUAAUUAUGCCUUGAAAUAUUAUAAGACACUUAUCUUGGAAAAAUACUGAUUGUCAAUGGCUUUGUUACUUGGUACCUUAAUGUCUAUUAAGCACUCACCCAUUCACUCACAAAAUUUGCUCACAGUACUUUGUUGUUUGUCAGGGAAAACACAAGAGUAUUUUAUUCUAAUUUUGACAUUCCUUUCAUUCAAUUUCCAAUGUUAAUUAUUUUUGUGCACAGCUGUGCCUGUUGUCAUUAUGCCAUCUAUUUUGUAUUUCUGUUAUUUUGUGUUGAAAAGAAGUACAAUCAAUGUUCAUCAAAAUUCUAUCUUAGAAUUUGUUGGAUAAAUAGUUUUAGUGACACCCACUGUUUAGGAUUCCAUCCGUUGUAAUUU